CUCUCGUACUACUACUACACCACAUAAUUACCAAACCCUGAACAAAACCCUUGCCACUUCAGUUUCAGUGGAACUGAAUCGACACUCCCCGGUUUAGAGAAAGAGAAAGAAAUGGCUUGGCGCAGUGGAGGAUCUGUUUCACGGUCCUUGAUCUCCGCCGCAAGGGCUCCAUCGCUACGUUCUUCUUCUUCGCUUUCCCGUCUCCGUCCACCUCAGCUCGCCGCCCCUCGAUCGCCUUCGCGGCGUAGUCCCUUUCCUGCCUCCAGGAAUUUUGGAGAAUUGGGAUGUGCUCAAUCAUUCUUACCUCUUCAUAGCAUGGUGGUUACGGCCAGACUUACAUCACACCUUACUGCAAAUUUGCGGGCUUGUUGCGAGCUGUCUCAUGGUAGGAAUGGAAAAGAUGGUUGAUGCACAUGGACUUUCAAUCAGCUAGAGAUGCGAUAUAGUACUUGAGAGGCCAUUGGAUAGCUGAUAUACUGGAGCAUUAAGGAGUGGAAAUUUAUCGUGGGAAUUGCGCCUUUUGAUUAGGGAAAUUUAAUAAAAUGUUUUGUUCAUGUUCUGGUUUCAAGCGUAAUUUGGAAUUUUUCAAAUGCUUGUUUUGCAGGAACCUACAUUUCAAGGUUUCCAUCACUUUGCUUAUAUCAUUAGUUUCUGUGAUGUCUUAGUGUAAGGGUUAGAUGUAACCUCUGCACAUGCCGCCGUAUUAAAAGCAUUUUCUAGUGAACGGAAAGUCCCGAAUCCCAUUGAUGGUGUGCUCAUUUUUUUGGGUUA